AACAGAACACACAUAAAGACAACGGCGACUGAAGCGGACCGAAUCACAGAUAGAUUGUGGAUAUAAAUUAAUUUUCACUUGCUAUAUCGCCAUUUGUGCGACGUUGUAAAAACGCAUUUCACAUCGUAUGCGUAAAGAUUAAAUAUAUACUAAACAAUAAAUAGAAAACCUUCUGAAAAAGUUUUUUUGUGGUAAAUUUAAUUGAGAAGACUAAAAAAUUAAAAAAAGUCACUUCAGCAGACCAUUGGACGUGACACCCACCGCGGCGCUUUAUAUAUUUGGCAAACGCGGUAUUUGUUUUUUUUUUAAGUUCAGUGAUUAUAAUUUUGCAAAAUGAGUAGUGGGAUGCCUGAAUUGGGCUCGAAGAUCAGCCUUAUAUCCAAGGCUGAUAUACGGUAUGAGGGUCGUUUGUUCACUGUUGAUCCGGCUGAGUGCACUAUAGCGUUAUCCAGUGUACGCUCAUUUGGCACUGAAGAUCGUGAAACACAAUAUCAAAUUGCUCCACAAAGUCAAAUAUAUGACUACAUUCUGUUCCGUGGUUCCGAUAUAAAGGAUAUUCGUGUUGUCAAUAAUAGUCUACCAACUGAUCCAGCAAUAAUGCAAGUUCAAAUACAAAAUGGUCAACAUGUAAUGCACAAUUUUCCAAUGCCGAAUGUUAGUUCAUCACAUACAACUCCAAUCGGUGGUACAGCAUAUCCAUUUGGUAAUAUUGGUGGUCUUGGAAAUUUGGGUAAUAAUAAUCAAGCAGCAGCUCAACCAUUGGCACCUGGCUCUGGUGCUCCUGGACCAUUUAUGCUUGGUAAUCAACAACAACAGCAGAAUCAACAAUCACAGCAAAUGCAACAAAAACCACAAGCCCAACAGCAGCAACAGGUGCAGCAACAGCAACAACAAUCGCACCAAAAGCAACCAAUUUCUGUUCUAGACAUGCUUGCCGGUGCUUCGCGAUCUACAACGCCUUUAAGUCUUGCUUCUAAUCCAAUUGGUGAUUUGGGACUUCAAGGUAAUCAAGAAGAUGAUGACGUAAUACCGCUUGCGCCCCCUAUUCGACGUAAUCAAAACAAAAGUAACAAUAAUGCUGGACAUGUUGGAAAUACUCGUGAUGCUGGACAUAAGCGACAAAAUCACCAACAACAACAACAACGCGGUCGUAAUGGUAAUAACAACCAUGAUUAUUACAAUCAGCAGCAACGCGAUCGUCGUGAUUUAGGCCGCAAUCUUGAUAAUUAUAAUAAUCAGCACCAUGAUGGACGUAACAAUUAUAAUAAUCAACGUAAUAUGCAUCAAGGAAAUCAAGGUCGUUUGUGGAAUAUGCACCGUGGACCCAACAACAUUAAUAUGAUGAGAAAUCGUGGUAUUGGAGGACGUGGCCGUAUGCCAAAUCAAGGUUUCCGACCAAUGGGUGUACCAGGUGGUAAUCCGAUUAAACAGCGUAACAAUAAAAACACUAUUAAAUUUGAACAAGAUUUUGAUUUUGAACAAGCUAACAAUAAGUUUGAGGAAUUAUGCUCCAAAUUAACCAAAUGUAAAAUGGGUGAAGAACCAAAAACCGAGCAGAUUAAUGGUAGUGAAACUGAUAAAAAAGAUGAUUCUGGAAAUGAAACUGGUGCUGGCGAGCAUGAACCUGAAGAAGAUGAGAUCACCGUCGGUUAUGAUAAAACGAAAUCUUUCUUUGACAAUAUUUCAUGUGAAGCACAAGAUCGCACCAAAAAUAAGAAGAAUGACUGGCGUCAAGAGCGCAAAUUAAAUAGUGAAACUUUUGGCGUAUCCUCAACAAGACGUGGCGGUUAUAGAGGACGUCCAAAUUAUUACAACCGUAACUAUUCUGUUGGUGGAGGUUAUAAUCGUGGAUACCGAGGUGGUAAUAACUACCGUAAUCGCACUAAUAAUCGCAUGGGUGGUACAAAUGAUAUGGGUAACUCGAAUGAAAAUAAUGCUGCACCAGCAAAUGACAACAAUGCAGCUGCUAAUUUAAAGAGUCAACAACCACAAACACCAAUUGCAACCGGUACAGCCACAAAUCCAUCAAGCGCUAUUUCCUCUGCAACAAAAAAGACAGUUGCACAAGAAAUAAACACCCAAGCGCAUAUGACGCCGGUAUUAGCUGGUCAAUAAUAUUUGCGAGCUUAUGAAUUUAAAAAAUUAUUGUUGUAAAUAACAGCAAUAAA